UGGCUGCUCGCCAUCCCCCUCCGGACGCCGCUUCUCUCACGGCCUUGCCGGGCGCUCACAUUUUCCCUCCCGUCGCGGUCGGUCACGUAGCGGGCCCGAUGCAGGAAGGUGGAGGGACUCGGGAGGCAGCUGGCGCUCCCCUGCCGCUGCCGACAGCGCGGCCCGGCGCCAGCGCUAGGAGGCGAGGUCUCCCCGGGAAUGGGCGCAGCCCGCCCUCCACCUGAGGCAGCCGCGAUGCUGUGGUGCCGGGGGGACAGGACCCUCUGGCACCUGUGCGGGCCGGGUUCUGCAUGCCCGCGGCGGGGUCCUGUCAGCUCCGCUCAGGGAAGCCCCUCAAGAAGCGCUGUGGGGCCGGGCCGGGCGGGAAACUGUCCAGGCAGAAGUUUGCCCGUUCCCCCGCUGCGGGGUCGCUCACCAGAGAGUACCCAGAGGCGAGGCCCGGCUGCCCUCCCUCCGCGUGGCCGUGGGGCAGGACACGGCCUAGCGCCCGCCGGCGGCGCGAGGCUGAGGGGAGGAGGCGGCCGUUAAACCUGGGCGUCAGGUUCAUUGCUAAACCAUGUGCCUUAGGCCUUAAAGUCCAAGCCAACGGACCACAGAAAGCUCAACCUAAUGCUAUUCUGGAAAAAGUUUUCACAGCUAUUACAAAGCAUCCAGAUGAGAAGAGGCUGGAGGGCCUCUCCAAGCAGCUGGACUGGGAUGUACGCAGCAUUCAACGUUGGUUUCGACAAAGACGCAACCAGGAAAAGCCCAGCACUCUUACGAAGUUCUGUGAGAGCAUGUGGAGAUUUACAUUUUACCUCUAUAUAUUUACCUAUGGAGUGCGGUUCCUGAAAAAGACACCCUGGCUCUGGAAUACCAGACAGUGCUGGAACGGGUAUCCAUAUCAGCCACUGAUGCCUGACCUUCAUUAUUACUACAUAGUUGAAUUGUCAUUCUACUGGUCCUUAAUGUUUUCUCAAUUCAUUGACAUCAAAAGAAAGGACUUUGGCAUCAUGUUUACACAUCACAUUGUAACAGUCACCCUGAUAACCUUCUCAUACGUAACCAAUUUGACACGAGUGGGAACUUUGACCUUAUGUCUCCACGAUGCGGCUGAUGUUGUCCUAGAGGCUGCCAAAAUGGCAAACUAUUGCAAGUGUCAAAAACUGAGUGACCUUCUGUUCCUUACAUUUGCCAUUGUCUUCAUUGUCAGUAGGCUUGGUAUAUAUCCCUUAUGGAUAUUAAACACAACGUUGUUUGAACUGUUUGAAGCUCUGGGCAAUUUUCCUGCCUUGUGGGUCUUCAACGUGCUGCUUGUGAUUCUUCAAAUUCUGCACUGUUUUUGGUCUUACCUAAUCAUAAAGGCGGCCUACAAAGCUAUAUCAAAGGGCAAGGCUGGCAAGUGGAACCCCUUGCAUGUAGCAAAGGAUGACCGAAGUGACAUUGAGUCAAGCUCAGAUGAGGAAGAAACAGUACCUCGUUCAAAGACCCCACACAGCGCUAUCUCCACUAAUGGGACCAGCGGUGCCAACGGGACAAACGGGUAUCUCACUGGUGGCACUUGCUCAGAGGAGCAUUAAUCCUUGAGUUCAAUCAUGAGACACGAACAGAAAGAACUGUUUGCUACUGGAAGUAAAUUAUAAGUUGUGAAUGCGGUUUCUUCAUAUAUCUCAGCGUCAGAAAAAAUUAGGAGUAUCAAAGCCUUCUGGUAGCGCACUGCCAUAUUUCCUGUUUGUGAAUGAAGACAACACGCCAUUCUGUAUACGUAGGCAUGCUGUAUGUGUAUGUAACUGACACAAUGGGAGCAGUAUUUUCACUUGUACUGUCUUUGAAAUAUUAUUUAUUUUGUAUUCUUUUGGGAACUUCUGGACAAAAGGGAAUAUCCAUUCUCAAACUUUAUCUCUUGGGAUUCUCAGUAGUGAAGAGCAUUACGCUCAGAUCUCUUCUGUCCAUUCCUGUUGCUUUUGCCAAGUCUGCUAUAAGUAAUAGUUGCUUGAUUUGUUACUUACAGUAAGAUAGAAGAUAGCUUUAUAUAUUCUAGAUCUGCUUCAGAUAUUUUUGCUAUAUUUGUGUUUAAAAGUGCUGGUAUUGAAAUUGCCUAUCAAAUCACAGUGGCCAUUCCUCCAACAUAAAGUUUUUGAACACUGGAUUGAUAUAUUAAAUAGUAGGUAAUGUGGUCAAUUAGCAAUUUGGGGAAAAAAAACUGUGGUAAUUGUAGGAUAUUAUUUUAGCAUAAUUUAAAAUUCAGUUUGGUGGUUAAUUGCAUUAGAAGUAGACUUGAUUUGUCGUGCAAAUGCCCAAAAGCAUUGAUGUCAACAGUUAGGAUAAACUCAUUCUCACUUUCUUCUUUUUUUCUUUUUUUUUUUCCUCUUACAUUUUUUGACCUCUGCAGAUAUUAGUGUCUUUUUGCAGAGAUUCCAUGUUGAAAGUUGUUUGUUCAAGUGCACCAUUGUGAAUCCAGACCUCACUCCUAUAACUGUUCUUGCAUGUUCAGAUGGAUGAGAGCAGGGGUAUAAUGGAAAAAACAGCAGAUGACAGGUUCAUUGCUUCCUUGGACACAGUACGGUCUAGGUAUUGUUCUUAUAAUUACAUCACUUUCUUGAUAGGGUAACGAGAGAGAAGGCAGAAUGUCAUACAUUACUAGAAGUAGUGUAUUCUAAAUUCAUGGAAAUUUGAGCAAAAUUCACUUAACGUAAAUCACAGCAAACUUUGAACACUCAGCAGAAUUUCAUCACGUCUACGAAUAAAAUAAGGGUGUCUGUAAAAUAAUUUUGCACUCCUUUUUCAUCCAAGAUCUAAAAACUGUGUCCCAAAGAAGACAAACUAGGACCCAAAAUAAACAUCUUUUUAAACAUUAUGUACACACUUCUUCCAGUCUCUAGAUCAAAGUUUGAUGUAGGAUGCUAAUCUUGCCAGGACACUUUUCUGGGAUUUGUGACAACAGUGCCAAAAGUAGGUGAGGUUCUUGGGUAACAGACUCUAUGCAACCUACUGUUCAACAGUAUUGUGUAUGUGCACACAGAACCAAUGUGCUUACAGACCAAAGACUGUAUAUAUAUAUAAAAAAAAAAUUAAAAAAAAAAGGAAAUAAAUGUAACAUUAAUGUGUAAUAAUGUGUCUUCUAUAUACAAAGGGAUUGGAGUGCUGUGUUCAGCUGGAAAUCUGACAGGAUAUCUUUCUGAUUCCUUCCACCUAUGCAAAUAGCAAAAUGCAGAUGGUUUCUGAUGCCAUAAAACACGUUUGAAGGCUCUAUUUUAUACAACUCCUUUGAAGAAAGUUGUGUUGCCACUUCUUGCUUUUGAAAAACUGAGAUUUGUCACUCUUGAAAAUUACUGAAACCUCUAUUAUCCAUAGGGACCUUGUGUGUUACCAAAAAAUGUGCUAAAAGUAAGGGCAGAAUGGCAUGAAUGAAAAAUGUACCUCCACUUAGGUGGAGAUAAAGAUAAAAAACCUGAGAAAUUGUAAACCAUGGAAGAAGAGCUGUCCAGAUUUACUUCCUACAGAGCAUCUUUUGAAAAAGCCAGGUAAACUUGAAAUUCAGCAAUUGCAUAGCUUAUAUGAGUAUAUCUGAUUGAGCAAGGGAGUCUUACUCAAAUCUUCUCCCCCAAAAGUUUCUCUGCCUCUGUUUUUUUCUCAUCUAUCUCCUGGGCCUCUGAUUUCUUACAGUUAUCUGCAGGGCAGGUUAUACAUGUGAAAAUACACUGAUUGUCAUGGAAAGUAUUUGAAGUGGCAGUUGUUUAGUAAUUGUCAAGAUGAUACCAAGAUUUUAAACCAAAACCAUCCUGGGAUAUUAGUGAAUGAAAAUAAUAAUUUCUGAAAUAUGACCUGCUAAGAGGGUAAUUGAGAAUAGCAGUUUAAACACACCUCUUUCAUGGUGUUGAUUACUACUUCCACUGGACCAUUUCCCUUCUUCAAAGCUGGUUACAAAAAUGGCAUUCUGGCAAAAUAUUUUGUCUUACAUGGGGAUAGAAUAUUGUUCUGAAGUAUCAACUUAGACAACAUACAAUACAUAGUACUACCAUGUUGUUUAUACGAGGGUAGAGAGCAGUUCCCAAUUACAGUCUGUGUGCAAGAGGCAGGAGACCUUUGGUCCUUCUUGGUCCUCCCCAGCUGUGCUCUAUAGUGUUGAUUCAGAUGUGCAGUCAAAGCUACAACCCUUGAGAUGAUUUACCGUUGCUGGGUACAUAUGCUGUUAGUGUGUCCUCGCUGUUACAUAGUGCAACUUGAACUGAAACUCUUUACUUGAGGUUUAAAUUCAGUUGCAUUUAUGAUGCACUAAAGGAUGUAUACAGUUGCCACGGUUCAGCUGAAUCCCAGUGACUUAUCUCCUAUAAACCUGGCUUUUCGGAGUCCAUUCUUAGCAGCCUAGAAUAAACUUAAUUACAGGUAUGUCUGGAAAAUAGGUGAGAUGGGAGAUUCAAACACAUUUGGGGAAAUGGGAUGAGAGUGAGGAAGCACUGAGAGCUUCACUAAACUUUCAAGCUGCAGGGGUUUUUAUGAAUAUUAAAAAUCACACCUUUUUUUUUUUUUCCCAGUGGGAAGGACCAAGUGUUUUAGUGAUCAUAAGUGGCAGUGUGUUUCAAGUCAUUAUUUUAACCAAUAGAUGUCAAAACUUCGGUAUCAUCUUCCAAUCUGCAGAGAGAAUGUCAUGCAACUGUUUCCUUUUUCAGUUGAAUUUGCUUCUUUGCAAGGUGCUUUUGAAGGCCAUCAAGUAUUUAGAGGAUAAUUACAUAUAUUCCAGGCAAUUGAUUGAAAUUACUGUGAUGGUUCAUGUUAAGUGCAAGAUCUUAAAAGGUUCUGUGUAUUUGUACCUUUUGUAGAAUUGUCAUUUUAGUCAUUUUAGAAAUGAGGGGGUUUAUUCUAUAACCUAUUUGUCUUCAACUUCUAUGCUCCCUUUUUAUAGUCCAGUACAUGACACAGUGGUUGAGAUGUUGAAGUAGAAAAAGUAAGACAUGAUAUGUAAAGUUUAUUAGUAAAUAGUAAGAAUUUGUCAAUUCUCCCUAACCAGCCCAGAAUAAAGUAAGAUUCAAGUCUCCCUUUGUUUAGCAUUUCCCAUAUUGGAAUAUUUUGUAUCUCCCCCCCAAAAAAAAAGGAAA